GCCACCGUCGUCUUCCUCCUUCUGCAGUCCCUGACCCAAACCUUUUCUUGCCUUCAAGUUUCUUUCAGACCAAAAAUUAGAAGUUAAGUUUUUUAUUCCUAAACUUGAAGAUUGAUUUGCAGCCCUCCCCUUGACUGAACAGAGAAAUGGGAAGUUCAAGCAAAGAUCUUCUGCGGAUUGAGCACAAGGGUUGCUCUUCUUCACCCCUUGAAUCUGCACUUCUUGUUUGUAAGGAAAAGGACUCGACCUCUCAAAUUGAUGCUGCCAAGAAACCAGCCAUUACCCAGAUUCCUAAAAGUCAAGUUUUGGGAAAAGUGCAAGAUUUCUUGGGAGUCAUGGCUGAAGCUAAUAAAAGGCUGGAACUUGAAACAAAGAAUAAUUCUCAAGCAUAUGAUAUUGAAGUACUCAAUGGGAAUGACUCUGAAGUCAUUGAAAUGGAUUUGAUGUUAGGUGUAGCUGAUCUUCACACGCCUGAGGCUCUGGCUGCUGCUGAAUCUGCAAUUGCUGGUAAUCAGCCGGUGAUUACAGUAUCUGGUGGUGGUGGUAGUAGUAGUGGAACAGAAUCAGAUGAUAGCAGUGAUGAUAAUGAGGAGAGUGACGAUGAUGGCAACAAUGAUAAUGAAACAUCCUGCCCUAGGGGAAAAUCCGAUACGGGCAAAGACAAUGAUGUUAGUGAAGCAGCAGGAAAGAGUAGAUCAAAGAAGCGGGCAAGGAUAGUUGAGCUUUCUUGAAAAACCAAGAAUUAGUUCAAGUAGUAAUGUAGAAAUUUCUGAACUAUCAUGUAGUCUGCAGAUCUCAAAUCACUUGGGGAGUCAUCUCUUUGAAAUUGAAGUUUCCUACUAGAGUGGUUCUUGUAUUAGAUUUUGACCUUAAA